AUGGCCAUGCCUGUUUUCCUUCACUUGCUUGGCCUUUUACUUGUAGUUGUUGAACCACUUUGUGCAGCAGCUCAAUCUGCUGCAAAUAUUAGCUUGGGGUCGUCCCUCACUGCAUCUGAAGACACAUCUAAAUCGUCAUGGCAGUCACCCUCCGGGACAUUUGCUUUCGGGUUUCGCCGCGUUGGUGAUCAAGACACCUUCUUGCUUGCCAUAUGGUAUGACCAAAUACCAGAUAAAACCGUAGUUUGGUAUGCAAAUGGAGACGCUCCAGCACCAAAAGGAUCGAAAAUUGAGCUCACCGCUGAUGGCCAAUUCGCGCUCACCGGCCCAAAAAGCCAAGAAAUCUGGAAGCCUGAGUCCGUUCUUAGUGGUGGAGUUGCAUAUGCUGCCAUGCUUGACACAGGGAACUUUGUGCUUGCAGGCCAGAAUUCUGAUUACUUAUGGCAGAGCUUCAAGGAUCCCGCCGACACCAUUUUGCCAACCCAACUGCUGGAGAUUGGCGAAAAGCUGUAUUCUAGGCAGACUGCAAGCAACUACUCGAGGGGAAGGUUUCAACUCCAAGUGAAACAAGAUGGAAGGCUUGUUUUAUAUCCGGUUGCCUUGCCUACGGAGUUCGCAUACCAAACAUACUAUGAGAGCAACACUGCCGAUGCUGCCGAUGAUAUGAAUACGGGCUUUCAGCUGCUGUUUAACGAGUCAGGUUACCUCAAUAUUGUCACAAGGAAUGGAAGUAUGGUAAGCCUCACUAACAAAACAGUGUCACCAAUAAGAGAUUAUUAUUACAGAGCAACACUGGAUUUUGAUGGGCUUUUCACUAAAUAUGCUCACCCGAAAUCCCCAAAAAAUGGGAGCUGGACGUCCUGGUUGCCUCUCUGGUCUAUCCCGGACAACAUUUGCUUCGAUGUAAAUGGUGAUUUGGGAAGUGGACCGUGUGGAUACAAUACCGUCUGCAGACUUGAUGCAAAUAGAAGACCAAUUUGUGAAUGUCUUCCUGGCUUUUCCGCUUUGGAUUCAAAUAAUAAGUUCGGUGGAUGUAAACAGAACAGAAUACCGACUUGCGAACAAGGCAAUUCAAAGCUGGAAGAAUUGUAUGUUAUGCAUGAGCUGACUAAUACUUAUUUUCCCUCGUCUGCAAACUAUGAGCAAAUACAGCCGAUGAACAAAGAUGACUGCACCAGAUCUUGCCUUUACGAUUGUAAUUGUAUGGUUGCUGUUGUCAAAGAAGGUAGCUGCUGGAAGAAGAAAUUGCCAGUCUCACAUGGAAGGCAGGACUGGAAUACGUAUGGGCAGGCGCUGAUCAAAUUACCAAAGUCUGACGCUGCUUUAGAGGAUCCACUUUUUCCAGUCUCAGACACGGGAAAAAAAGAUCAAAAAACUCUCAUCUUAGUAGGAGGACUUCUUCUAGGUAGCUCUGUGGUUCUUAACUUUAUAUUUCUUGCAGCGAUUUCUUUGGUUUUCUUUUAUGGAUACAAGAAAAGACAUAAUCUUACUAGUAGUGCAUCAAGUAUUAUGGAAGCAAAUCUACGCUCGUUUACUUAUAAAGAUCUAGAAGAAGCCACAGAUGGAUUUAGGGAAGAACUUGGAAGAGGUGCCUUUGGCAUUGUUUACAAAGGAAUCAUAUCAUCCAUCAGUUCAACAAACUACGUCGCAAUCAAGAAGUUGGACAAAAUGGCGCAAGAAGGUGAGAAGGAAUUCAAAGCAGAGGUGAGAGCAAUAGCCAGGACUCACCACAAGAACUUGGUCAGAUUGCUUGGGUUCUGUGAUGAAGGGCCAAACAAACUUUUGGUCUAUGAGUUUAUGAGCAAUGGAACAUUGGCCAGCUUUCUCUUUGGGAUUUCAAGGCCCGAUUGGAACAAACGGAUUCAAAUUGCAUUCGGGAUUGCAAGAGGACUCAUGUACCUGCAUGAGGAGUGUAGCAUGCAGAUCAUCCACUGCGAUAUCAAGCCCCACAACAUACUUCUAGAUGAUUCAUUCACGGCAAGGAUUUCGGACUUUGGAUUGGCAAAGCUUCUGCUGAGCGAUCAAACUCUUACUAAUACAGUCAUCAGAGGGACCAGAGGAUAUGUUGCACCAGAAUGGUUCAGGAAUAUUCCGAUUACUGCAAAGGUUGAUGUUUAUAGUUAUGGGGUCAUGUUAUUGGAGAUCAUCUGCUGCAGGAGGAGCCUUGAAAUGGAAAGGGAAAACGAAGAAGAAGUGAUACUAACGGAUUGGGUUUAUGAUUGCUACAAGGAAAAAACAUUAAAGAAGCUUAUAGAAGAUGAUGAAGAGGCAAGAAAUGACAUGAAAAGGUUGGAGAGGCUAGUCAGGGUUGCAAUUUGGUGCAUUCAAGAGGAUCCGUCCUUAAGACCGACAAUGAAGAAGGUUACGCAGAUGCUUGAAGGAGUGGUUGAUGUAUCCGUGCCUCCAUGUCCCCUUUUUAGUUCAGUUUGCUGA